UAGGUAGUCGAAAAGAGUGGGUGGAGGCGUACUUGUGCCUUGGCAAGUUGGCUGAAGCUGAGAGCUGUAACCAGGGGGCUCCCUACAGCGCUGUAAUUCCUUGUAUGCGGGGCCAAGUGCCUUGAGGUCGAUGCAUCCAUCCCCAAUGUGCUUACCCUUAGGUCCCUUCGUACAUUGCGUCAUCUAGGUCAACCCACCAACAGCAAGACUUCCUUCCAUCCAUUUAUGCAAUGCUAGGCGCACCACCGGUAACCUUCCUGCCUCUGCAAAGACACCGCGCACUGCAGCUUGCUUGUUCUACUUAUAGGCAUCAAACGAGGAACAUUUCUACUGCAAAUCUUGUACCUUGGAGAAUCCAGAAAACGACCACGGAUCGAACAAGCCCAGAUUGGACGGCUGCGACCAGGCCAUCAUUGCCUCUGAACCACCGCUCCAUUUACAUCCAACCCGCACCCGAGAGAGCAACCGUUCGAUUCUUCAGAACCACCGCGACGAUGGCCAGCGACGAGUCAUAUAUGGACUUUUUGAACAAGGCGAACGAGGACCCGUCUGCGGGCAGGGCAAACAAUGCGGAGACGACAAGCAGCGACUUUAGGAGCACCGAGUCUGGGACCGAGACGCCGGCUGUGCUAGUCAAGGCUACAAAGGAUGCGUUCUACAUGAGCGAGGCAGACGAGCCGUUUGUGCCUGUGGCAUUAGGCUGGCAGAAGGGAUUACCAAAUGAAGAGGAAUUCGCCAAGUUGAUCCACCACUGGGACGCCGCCAACGCCCAGGUGGAAAUCAUGGACCCGGCGGACUGGGACACACAGGGACAGUACAAUGAUCUGCUGGAGGCAGUGAGGGAGGCGGGCAAGGGCAAUGAUGUUAGGGUGUAUCGAGUACCAGGGAAGAAGUCGUCGCGGGUCGAGUACUGGCUUGUCACAACGACAGGGGAGAAACUGGUUGGUGCCAAGGCGCUUUCUAUUGAAAGCUAAGUGGGAGGUCACGGCCAAGUUAAGAUGUAGGAUAUGAUAACGGAACUCUAGCCGGCUUGUGAAUGAAAUUAUAUCUAACCAAAUACUUUAUCCGAUUUGACUGCGGGGUUAGGUUAAUAGUUGAAUAAAAAGCCAACCUUUUGCUGUAUGACCUGCCUUGGUUUGGUUAAAAAUGCAGCAGUCU